UAUCAUACGUUGAUGCUCCUCUUCGGUCACUCACCGGUACUGUCUUCGCUGUGUCUUUCACUCGCCUGUCACUUGUUGUAGCAGCAGCUAGCUGCUAGCACUACUUUUAGAUGGCUGGCUCAAUUUAAGUUCAAUUAAAAACGCAUCAUUUGAGCACUUGGUUUUCCCGGAUGUCGCUUUUGACAUGCCUCGUUAGCCUAGCACUCUAUCCUCCAAUGAUGUGGUGGAAAUAGCUGCUAACGUUAGCCUUAUUAGCAACCUGACUAUGAUCUCAAUGAUUCACGUAACUUCAACAUAAGAGAGGAAAAACUGUAUAUUUGAUCUGUAGAUGCUCUGCGGAAUGUUGCCUGCAUGCAUCUCUAUGCUCAAUAGUGUGAUAUAAAUUCGACUCACUUUAGCAUUGGUAGAAAAUUCUACUCAUUAUCCAUGCUAAAAUACUUGCUUCUGAUUAUUUGAGAUAAAACACUGUUUGUUUUCGCGACAUACCAUUGUAGGUCAUUGAUUUAACCUGCUGACUCAUGUUUACCUCAUGUGCCUGAUCGAUAUGUCUGUCUUGGACAAAGUAGCUUUUCAACAACCGAUUAAAACCUGUCGCAAACCACAACAAGAGUGCACUUGUUGAACCGAAAGUGACAGAAUAAUGAAUCCGAAAAUGAUCACAUUUUUAUCACCAUUUUAUUAUAGCCUAACUCUCAGAAGUGAAAUAAGGUGUGUUUUGGAAAAGUCUCACUCAAAUAUAGCUUGUUUUGUAUUUGUUUCCCCAUAUAGUUAUAUUUAUGUCAUUAUAUUAACGUUUUAAAUGUCAUGUUUUCACAUAACUCUUGUGGUAGACUGCUUCAUCUCGUUUUUAUCACGGUUUAACACUUGAUUCGCGUUGUGUGAUAGAUUUUGGCAAAAUAGUAUUUGGACAGAAACAGAACUCAAUUUACUUAAAUUUACCCUUUCUAUUGCAGUGAAGCAAUUUAAUAAAAAGAAAAUGUACCGGAUACGUAGUGUGAAAUUGUAGAAUCCCUUAUUGCGUUAUUUCAAUCAACCAUUGCAACUUCAUCCUGCCCUCCUGCUCUACAUAAAUAAGAACCUCUAUAGCAGUAUUAUAAGUAAGAGCUAUAUAUCUAUAAGUAAGUGCAAUUUUAGCAUUCAUUCCGCCCUCCUACUCAUUCAGUGAAUGCUACUUUUCAAGCCACACUGGUUUUUCAUACAGAAAACUGUGUUUUGUCUUCAUGAUUCUGACAGCUGUAAUAAGCCUCAAGCUUGUUACACAAUAACCCAGAACUGAAUCCUCAACAACAGCUUUGUGUCUUAGCAAAUCCUGGAGUGAAGUGAACUGUGUGUGAAGGUCAAAGUAUAGCGUGGAAUUAAGUAUUAUGUAAUUUAUGGGAUUGAUUAUGUGCUGUGUUUCUACAAGAGGUUCCAUUAGAGAGUCAAAGGUUCUAAGGAAGACCAGUGCGGUGCCAACAUGGGAGCUGCGCUUUCCAGGUGGAAGAAGAGGAAGCAGAGGACAGGGUGAGAUGGAGGAGGAUGAUCCGCUGUGGCGACCCCUGAAGAGAGAAGCCGAAAGGAAAAGAAGAAGACUAUAUUAUUAUGAACACAGCAGCAGCAGUGUUGCUGGAACUGAAGAUUUCAUGUCAAAACCAGACACGGUAGAGCAGCUGGAGAACUUGGACAAGGAAAUUAAAGAACUGGAGGAGUUCAGAGCUAAAAAUCAACGUUUACAAAAGCUGUGGGUCGGCCGGCUGAUUCUCUGCUCCUCAGCACUUUAUCUGCUGACCAGUCUGAUCGUCUACUGCCUCUACUUACCUGAUCAAUGGCUGCAGAGAAUCAUCAUGGCACUGCCUUUCUUUAUAUAUCCAGUGCUGGUCUGGUUCAUCAGAAAAUUAUUGAUUUUCCUAUUUUCCAAACGCACUGAGAGGAACAGUGAUAAACUGGAAGAUUUAAAGGUGGCGAAGAGAAAGAUUCUGGAGGAAGUUAUGGAAAAGGAGACGUACAAAAAUGCAAAGCUCAUCCUGGAGCGUUUUGAUGCAGAGGCAAAGAGAAAAGCGGAGCUGGAGUCAACUCCAGUGCGUCCUCAGAUGACCCCCCUACCCGGUCAAGAGAUCAGGCAGAGAGGUGUUCCCAUGAGACCAAUGCCCAUGGGCAUGCCAGGCGGAAUGACAAUGACACCUCCGCCUGGUGUUCGCCCUCCAUUGGGACCAGGCUGCACACCAGUGGCUCCAGGUGGACCUCCAGAGAGAUCUGCACUUUCUGCUUCUAUGCUCCAGGGAGCAGCACCGAGGACUCCGUGCUCUCCUGUUCCUGGUGUUGGGCUGCACCCUCCUGGACCCCCUCUGGCCAGACCUAUUCUUCCCAAAGACCGGGGCGCCGUGGACAGAGUCAUUGAGUACCUAGUUGGGGAUGGACCACAGAACAGAUAUGCUUUAAUCUGCCAGCAGUGCUUUUCUCACAACGGCAUGGCUCUGAAGGAGGAGUUUGAAUUUUUGGCAUUCCGCUGUGCGUACUGCUUCUUCCUCAACCCGGCCAGGAAGACCCGACCACAGGCUCCUAAACUCCCGGAGUUCAGCUAUGAGCGGCGUCUGCGGGCAGAUUCGCGCUCACCGGGACCAUCUACCCGCUCGUGCACAGACACAGAGGAGAGUGCGCCCCCUUCAGGAGCUCGAGCUCCGGCUCCGUGGAACUUGGUCCACAGUUUCAGGAUCCAACCCAAGAACGCUCAGAACCGACCGACGCAGAGCCCAGAUGAGAGCGAGGCUGCCGAGGACGAGGGCCGUGCUGAUGAGGAGAGCAGAGUGGAAGAGAGGAGCCCAGAUGUGAAGGAGGAGCAGGGGGAGGAGGAGUGCAAGGACCAGGAGGACAGCAAGGACCAGGAGGACCCGGAGCACAGUCAGGACCCCCCGAGGGAGGUGGACCCCCGGGCCUCCUAGGCACAGUCCAGUCCGGUCACUACGGUCCAAAACAGUAGGUGGUUCUGCUCAUGAAGCCAGUCCAAGUGACGAUCAUUCGGAACCGAAAUGUCCUUCAUACCUAUCCAGUCGACAUGAGAGCCUCCUGGUUGCUGAAUAUCACCGACCUGUCCCACUCCUCACGGGUCGGUCGACAAGCCCAACGAUUGCAUCCUGAAAUUGGAACUCGAUUUAAAACUCUGAUCACUUUCUUCCCUUUUAUGUCGACAUAUUUUACCAGAAAUAUCAAACUUUAGAAUUUGCUUCACACCCCAAAUUCUUGUAGCAAAUCAGAGACCACUUCAGUAGUGACCCUUUACGCUCGAGUUGCUCUUCAUUGUGCUUGCUAGAGUUAACUACAUAACCCACAAUGCCCCUCUGCUCUUAGGAUUUCAAGCCCCUCCACUUAUUUAAGCUCCUGCACCAUAACAUUGUUAUUCAUAAGUUACAGUAGCACUCCGUUAAGGACAAACUAGUUAGCGAAACUACCAAUCGAGUGUUUGUUUGCCAAAUAUUUGUUUGACUUUCUGUGCACUGAAUAUUUUGUUGGCCUUUUCCUGUGUUUUUACUUCCUCUGUCAGGUUUCAUCAAUCGUUUCACUGAACAGUAGAGUCCAAGUUAUGAGUUAAUAUUUUGAGUUUUUCCUCUUCAUGAAAAACCUUUCUGGUUUUGCGAUUUCCUCCGACAAUCUCAGUGUUGAACUAAAAUGCUUAGUUUUAUUAGUAGCUGCUGCUUCGUAGGAUGAGCAGGAGGAAGUUUUUAUUCUUUCACUCACAUAUUCACAAGCCUUGUUCUUCCUGCCAUAAUAUGAAUUCCCGGCGAUCUUGAAGAAAAAUGUGACUAUAACUCCACAAAUUGACCGUCGUUUUAGCUAUCCACUUCAAAUUAGAAACAAAAUGUGCGACCAAGAUUGUUUCAUUAAAGUUGUGAAGAACCGUUACAGUUAAGAGGCCACUUAAGCAACAUCGCCAAGUAUACUGCGUUCAAGGUCAUGACCUUGAACACUGGGUGGGAAGCUAGUGUUUUAUUUUGAUGGCAGGGGAGGAAGCUUCCUUUUUAAUAACUCCAGAGUCCAGAGAGAUGAGCAGUAUUUGACUUUGCAUCUGCUGAUCAUUGGUCUGAAAAACUUAAUCUGUCGAUCAAGAGAAACUCCCUCAGUUGCAUUUUUUUAUGCUCUUGAACAUAACCAAAUUCAUCACACAAGUUUGUGCGUAUCAAACUGUCGGAAAGACAAAUAAACUACGAAGAGAAUGUGAGUCUGUGACAGCAGUGAAACUGUAGUCGCGAGCAUUUGUUUACAACGAUGGUCUGCUGCGGCUGUUUCAUCAGUGUUCUUGUGUAUUUUUGUUGUAUGCACUAUUAAUUAUUUCUCUGGUUUACACAAGUGUUGCACCCUAGUUUUUAACGUUGUCGUUGUGCAACGGUGAACAAACGCUUACAAAUCAUGUCAACGCGCUGAUAUGACACAAUAAACUUCUGCCAAAUGCA